UGAUAAGUUUGUCAUGAACUCUGCUACAACAGGGUGUUCGAAUAAGAAAAAUUUAUUUAUUCUGCGUGAUGUUGUUUACUUCAAACUCACAAAUUAAGCAAAAAUUUAGAAUUGUUUACGCCGUAAUUUGUAUAUUUCAGAAAGAAUUUCUAAAAGAAAAACUAAACUAAAAUUUGUGAGAAAGCUUUUUAAAUUUUCUUACUGUGUGUUAGUAGAUGCGAUAUUGGGAAAGAUGCAGAACGAUCAUGAAGGUUCAGCUUUACGAAAGGCACCGCAAAAUGUGGCAAACUAUAAAAUGAGACCAACGUUGGAUGAAGUCUUCAAAACACAGAGUAUACGAGAUAUUGUACGCGAAAUUGUUCAGGAGAAAUUGCAAGGAAAAGUAUACAAUGUGGAUGAUGCCGGUCAAUGGUCUCGCGAUAUAGCCGAUACUGUCAACGUAACUGUUAAGGAGCGACUUUUAAUGCCACGUUAUAAAUAUGUAGUUCAAGUAAUGAUGGGCCAACAAAUGGGAGCUGGGUGCCAUUACUUUGCCAAAUGUUAUUGGGAUGUUGAAUCCGACUCACAUACAUCGUUUACCUACACCAAUCCUACAUUAUUUUGUGUUUGUACUGUUUUCGGUGUAUAUUUGUAUUGACUUGUCCUGUAGGCGCAAAGAAUCCUAGUCUCUAUUUUGUUGCUUUAAAUAAAUUUUUUACUUUUGCAUAUAACGUAAA